AUGGAGGGUGGCACACGUGCAGCAUUAAAAGUUCAGAUUGAAGAUUCUCAACUGCAGCAGGAAGUCAUGCAGAAACAAUUGGAGCAUCAUCAACAGGCAAUUUCUGGUAUAACAGAAAGGUUAGAUCAAGUUUCAGAAAUGUUGAAAUCUUUGGCUGAUGCUAUGAAUGUUAAUACUCGUAGAGAUAGAGAAGUUUCUCAUGAACUUAGAAAUCAUGAAGAGAGAGGUAGUUUUCACAGAAGUGUUAAAUUGGAUUUUCCACGUUUCAGUGGUAAUGAUCCUGCUAGUUGGACUUUUAAGGCUAAUCAGUAUUUUGAUUGUUUUCAAAUACCUUUCCAUCAGAAGUUAAUGGUGGCUUCGCACCAUAUGGAAGCAAAUAACGGUCCAAAGAACUUGUUUCCUUUGAAGAAGGUAAAUUCUUCUCAGAUCGAUGAUAAAAGGAGGAAGGGAUUGUGUUAUCAUUGUGAGGAAAAGUGGAAUCCCAACCAUGUUUGCAAAAAUCCGAGGGUGUAUUACUUACAAGGGGCAUGUAAUGCUGAGCAGGACUUAAUUGACAAUUCUGAGGCACAGUUGGUACUAGAAUUGGAGGAAAAAAGUGAGAAAGAAUCUGAGGAGUUAGAGGUUUCAAUCCACGCCAUUUCUAGAUGUAUCAAUAAUAAUGCUAUGAAGUUGUUUGGAAAAAUUGGCUCAGCUUCUGUUGAGAUUCUUGUGGAUUUAGGGAGUACUCAUAAUUUUUUGGAUCCAAUGGUGGUAGAAGUUGCAAAUUUAAAGGUAAUUAAAGAUGAGGCUCUUCAGGUGAAAGUGGCAGAUGGUGUGCAGUGGCUAAAAACAUUGGGUCCUAUCCAAUGGAACUUUACUGAUAUGUCUAUGCAGUUUGAAGUGGAUGGGAAGAAGUUGGUCUUGAAGCAAGGUUGGUUCUUGCAGUUGGUAGCAAAAAAACCUGAGGUGAAGCAGGUGGAAGUUCAGCCUGAAUUGGAAGAAGUUCUGCAGUAUCCUCAUUAUCAAAAAUAUGAAAUUGAGAAAAUUGUGCAUGACCUGUUAUCAAAUGGUGUUAUAAGACCAAGCCAAAACCCAUUCUCAUCACCUGUUUUACUUGUUAGAAAAGCUGAUGGUAGUUGGAGGAUGUGUAUGGAUUAUCGAGCCCUUAAUCAAGAAACUAUCAAGGACAAGUUUCCAAUUCCUGUCAUUGACGAGUUACUUGAUGAACUUUAUGGAGCUAAGUUCUUUUCUAAACUUGAUCGUAGAUCAGGUUAUCAUCAAAUAAAGGUAAGAGAAGAGGACAUUCCCAAAACAACAUUUAGAACUCCUGAGGGUCACUAUGAGUUCUUGGUAAUGCCUUUUGGGCUUACCAAUGCACCUGCCACCUUUCAAGGAUUGAUGAAUCAUGUUUUCAGACAUUUCCUUCGAAAAUUUGUUUUGGUCUUCUUUGAUGAUAUCUUGGUUUACAACCAAGAUUUUGGUGAACAUCUAGAGCACUUGAAAUUUGGGGUGACUGAGGUAGACUACUUGGAACAUAUUAUUUCUGAAGAUGGAGUGAAGGCAGAUCCUACAAAGAUUUCUUCUAUGUUGGACUGGCAUGUUCCCAAAACAGUGAAAGCAUUGAGGGGAUUUUUGGGCCUUACUGGCUACUAUCGAAAGUUCAUCAAGAACUAUGGUUCUAUUGCUGCCCCAUUAACAUUGUUGCUGAAAAAGAACUCAUUUGUGUGGUCUCUUGAAGUUGAAGUGGCUUUUAAAGAGUUAAAAUAUGUUGUUGCAAGUCCUCCUGUAUUAAGACUUCCUGAUUUUUCUAAGGAGUUUACUAUUGAGUGUGAUGCUUCAGGGGUGGGGUUGGGAGCUGUAUUGAUGCAAGAUAACCAACCAAUAACCUUCUUUAGUAAAGCCUUAAAAGGAAAAGCAUUGUUUUUGUCGACCUAUGAAAAAGAAUUUUUGGCACUGGUGUGUGCAGUAGGGAAAUGGAGACCAUAUCUGUUGGGUCAGUCUUUUAAGAUCAAAAUUGACCAACAGGUCUUGAAACACUUGUUGGAGCAAAGAGUGGCCACUGAGGCUCAACAUAAGUGGAUCUCAAAGGUCAUGGGUUAUGAUUUUUGUGUAGAAUAUAAAAGGGGCAAGGACAAUAAAGUUGCUGAUGCACUUUUCAGAAAGUCUGAAGAAGAUUCAGCUACAUUGCAAGGGCAGCAGGUUUCUAAGGAAUUCUCUUUACAACAGGGUCUCCUUUUCAGAAAAGGGAAAUUGGUGAUAGUUCCUUCAUCACCAUUUCAUGCUAAAGUAUUGCAACAUAUUGAUCACAAUCCAGAAGCAGGGUUACUUCAACCUUUGCCUGUUCCUCAAAGUCCUUGGCUUGAUAUUGCCAUGGACUUUAUUGUUGGUCUCCCUAGUUCAAAUGGACUGACUGUCAUUUUGACUGUGGUGGAUAGAUUGACAAAGUUUGGGCAUUUUUUUCCAUUGGCUCACCCCUAUACAGCUUGUAAAGUAGCUGAGGGAACCACUUUGGCUUUUAGCUCAGCCUAUCAUCCACAAUCAGAUGGCCAAGCUGAAACCUUAAAUAAGUGUGUGGAGGGUUAUUUGAGAUCCUAUAUGGGGUCUAAGACUCUAAGCCAAAACGUUGGAGCCUUGUAUGGAAUUCCACCCCCUCGGUUGAUUUCUUAUAUUCCAGGCACUACUGCAAAUGCUGAAGUGGAUCACUAG